AUGUCACAACUAGCUGAUCGUAGACGUCAAUUACGCUCCAAUUCGACAACGAAACCGAGCGGUUUGCUCGAGGAUGCGAACGCUCAACAAGUUCGGACCCCCAAAACCCCUCACAAGGAAGUCCCUGGAGGUAGUGCGCAGCGUCGUGAUCCUAAAAACGCCACUAACGCGGUAGCUAAGGUUCCCUGCGGCACUCCUCGCCGCAGACCGCCUAAAUCUGCGGCUGUGACGAUAACUAGUGUAGAUCCGGAAAAGGUCUCAUAUGCGGGAAUCCUAAAACAAGCACGCGAAAGGAUAGAAUUGAGGUCUCUGGGAAUUGAAGACUCUAAAAUACGUCGCGGCAUCAACGGUGGUCUUAUCAUUGAGAUCCCCGGUGAAAACGGUGCCUCCAAGGCUGAUGCGCUCUCCAAAAAACUCAGAGAGGUCUUGCAUAACAAUACUGUGCGGAUCAACAGACCAACAACGACGGGCGAGAUUCGCCUUUGGAAUUUUGACGAUUUAAUAUCAAAAUCAGAUAUUCUCGAUAAGAUCUCAGUCAUCGGGGACUGCGACGAGGCCGAUAUAAAAAUCGGCAACAUAAGACCGUUGCGGAACGGACUUAAUUCAGUCUGGAUUAAGUGCCCUGUGACCGUCGCGCUCAAGAUCUCUGACUUAGAACGAAUAAAAAUUGAAUGGACAGUCGCUCGCACAGAAUUACUGAAAAAAAGACCAGUCCAGUGUUUUAAGUGCUGGCGAUAUGUUCAUGUUAAGA